UUUCCAACUUCUCACCUACAACACUGGUCCAUCCACCGUGCGAAUUAUGUUCGUCUAUUUUUCUUAUUAAUCAGUAUACAUAAUUUAAUUAUUCACCACCAGCCCUCUACCAUAGCCAAGGUUUGGAGACGCCCAUAAUUAGAUUCAUAAUGUGCAUUAAUAUGUAUGAUACGUUAUAAAUUGUCUUGACUUCUUGAGAUAUAUUUACUUUAAAAGUAAAGCAGCCCAAAUAAAAUUAUAAGUUACAAUUAAUAACAAUCCUUUUCUUGAUUUUAUAAUUCAUAAAUUGUGCAAAAUAUACAACAGAUUAUCAAUAUGAACUAUGAAGGUAACAAAACGAGAGGUUCAAUGAUGAAUUUUGAUAAAACUAUUUUGGAGUAGUUAUAAAGCCGCCCAAUGUAAUAUCGUAAUUUACUUUUCGAACAAUGUUACAGUGAUGAAAUGCAAUUAUUGCUACGACGGAGUAGUAUAUGUUCGGAGCAGUUGACUUUCUUAACAACGGUGUCUUCCUCUAAAUAAUUUGUUAUCACGUUAUCUAGCGGUUAGGUUAGGGUUGGUCUAUAAUAGUAUGAGAUCCAUAGCUAAUAAAGUAGAUAAUAAAGACAAUUUUGUUGAAAAUGUUAUUUAUUAUUGACAAUAACAAAGUAUUAUCAUUAAUUAUCAUGUAUCUCAAACCGUGGUUUUAAUGACAGACGCGUCUACGCAUGCGCAAUAGCUACACGUCCUCUUGAUAUGUUGGCGACAUACUCGUUUCACAUGAGGUAUAGCCGUAGCUUUAUGACGACGACCGGCCGACAUAAAAGUGGAGGGAGUGUGCGUAUCACAAAAUGCAUGUUUUGUUCAACUACAAAUUGUAAAACACGUGUGAUAUCGACAUACUGUUUAUCUAAAUAUCUUUUUUUCUGUGCGUAGUGUUUAGUUAAUAAUGUUUUAGUAUAUUUUAAUAAUUUAGUAUUAGUUUGUUCGAUUAAUUGUUGAAAUGGGAGUCAUUCAAAGAGUUGUGUAUGUAUUUAUGUUCAUUAAUGUCAAACAAUAAUAGUAGGUAAUUGUUAAUUGAAAUCAUAUCUUUUAGGAAACCGCGAACAAAACGGGGCAAGAGAAUUUUACUGAAAAAACAACCAAAGAUUGUGGAAAACACAAAACAUUGUGUUUUCAUUCCAGGCCGUAAAUCAUCUUUGUCCGUCAGUAAUUGCAUGAAAGAUUUAGUAAGUAUUUUAUAGAACGAGAUUUUUUGUUCCUAACAGCAUUAAUAUUUUUCUAGUUAAAACUAAAAAAACCUGACGCGGUGAUGUUAACACAAAAAAAUGAUAUCUUACCGUUUGAUGAUGCUGUUCAAAUUGAAAAAUUAUUACAGAAACACGAUUCAUCAUUAUUUAUUUUUUCGUCACAUAACAAAAAGAGACCAAACAAUUUGGUACUUGGUAAGUGAUAAUAUAAUUAAUAGUCUACCGCAGGUCUCUCUCACUCAGGCCACUCUGUCUACCAGAGUGAAAUUUUCACUUUGUAUUUAAAAUUACUUGUAACAAAUACUUUAACAGAUGAUAAAUAUCAUAAGAUAAUUCUUAUUAUAAUUAGGUAGUUUACUCCGACUUACAAACAUAAUUUUAAACCUUUAGAAGAUAUCUCUAUAAACAUGAAAUUUUAGGAUAAAAAUGCUGAAGAAGUGGUAGUUGAAACCCUCUGAAGCACAAACUUAACAAAAAAACAAUUUAACUCAAAAUUUCAUUCAUAUCUACUUAAAAUAUUAAUACACUAAGCAUUUAUUAAAAUAGGUUAUUGAACUAUCAAUACUGUGGACUCCAUUCAUUUACAUGUUUACAAUGUGAUUUAUAAUAUAUUUUACUGUUAAAAUUAUUUUAACGAUUGUCUUAUAACUAGAGACUGGAUUUAUAUUCCCUUAUAAUCCACAAAAAAGCGCAUUAAAAAAGAAAAAAUGAUAGAGGAAUUCAAAAGUCCCCUUACUAAUGGCUCUAACUCUUAAAUAAAUUUCCUAACACUACAAAAUUUAUUUUUAAUAAAAUUGUAUGUAUUAUUAAAAAAAAUUACAUUUUAUUAAUUAUUUUUGUGAUGUUAGAAAAUUGUAUUUAUAAAUUAAAUCCGUUAGAGGGGGCAGGACUAAACCCCUUUUACUAUUUUUAAGUUUUUUUUUUUUAACGCUUUUUAACAUUUGCAAUUGUUUUUAUGUAAAUUUUAAGUACGUAAAUCCGGUCUCUACUUAUAGCCAUAAUUUACUAUUUAAAUGUGCAGUUAACAUGUAAAUGUUGAAAGUAUUAAAGCUCAUUGUAUAAAUGGUUAAAAUCAUCCCUUACAUAAAAUAUUAAGCCAUCUCAAUAAAUAUGACCCUGAUCAUAUUGUUUAUUAACUUAUUCAUUUUUGUUUAUAAUGUAAUCUAUUUAUAACAAUACUACAAUUAUUGUAUACUUUGUGUACUUAUUACCUGUUAAGGCAUAAAAAAAUAAAAUAAUACUAAUAUUAUAAUUUUUUUUUUUUAUUUGCAGGUCGUACUUAUGAUCAACAUAUAUUAGAUAUGUUUGAGUUGGGUAUUGAAUCGUACAAAGGAUGCAGUGAAUUCAAAGGUUUAUCUGAAAUUUCCGCUGGUGUAAAACCGGUCUUAAUUUUUUUGGGCGAACAAUUUGACAGUGAUCAGCAGCUAAAACGUCUGCGUAAUCUGUUUGUUGAUAUGUUUCAAAGACAACCACUUAAACAAAUAAGACCAAACGGUAUUGAACAUGUCAUUUCAAUCACAGCAGUCGAUAAUAAAAUAUUAUUUCGUUCUUACCGGUAAUUUUGAUAUAUAAAUUAAUAAUUUUGAUAAAAAAUAUUUUAUCUAUAAAUAAUUUUUUUUGUCACAAAGAACUAUUUUAUCAAAAACCACUUUGAAAACUCCACGUGUUGAGCUCAAAGAAGUCGGGCCAUCUGUUGAUUUUGUAGUAAGAAGAGAUCAUAUGGCUAGUCCUGAUUUAUUUAAAACUGCAUGCAAAAGGCCCAAUGUUAAGGUAUAACUGUUUAAUUUAAAUUAAUUUUUUAUGUGUAACUUAAACCAUUGUUUUUAUAUCCAGGGUAAAAAGAUUAAAAGUGUACGUCGUGAUGGUUUUGGAUCCAAAUUGGGACGUCUGCAUAUGACCAAACAAGACGUGAAUUCACUUCAAACGAGAAAGAUGAAAGGUUUGAAAAAGACUUUUGCCGAGAAGAAAUUGAAAAGAAAGAGUGAUGCCGAUAAAAAUGGACCAGUAGUUAAAAAACCUAAAGUUGCUCCUGCUACUCAAACUAAAAAACUAAAGAAAUUCAGUAAAAAAGGAAGAAAAUUAAAAGGAGGACAAGUUUAAAUUAAACACUUAUUUUCUUUCUAUAAUUUUUUGUUUAAUGAUUGAAAUAAUAAUAAAUCAGUAUAAAAAAAUUCAGCAUUUAAUAGUGUAUAUUCUAAGUAAAAAAAAUAACAAAAGUAAAAUGGAUAAAGCACCUUUGGUGAUGAGCAUGAUAAUAUGACACGCACACACACACAAUGAUAAAUGAUAAUGACAUAAUGAUAAAAUGGCAUAUAUAUAUCUUUGUAUUCAAUGGACUUUUAUAAACUUAUUUAUAUUAAAAUUUUUUUUAACCUGCUUUUCUUUGAAGGGUACAUCUCAUUAGAGAAAAAUUAAUUUUUAUUUUCAUUUCUCAAUCAAAUCACUAAAAAAAAAUUUACUUGAUUUGUAAUAUUUUUAAAAUAGCAAUUUUAUAAAACAUUAGUUUCGACCAUUUUGAUUUUAACAUUUUGAAUUUAUAACACAAAUAAAUCAAGUUAUUCCUUAUCAUUUUACGCUGUAGUAUCUUUUCACACCUUAUUUCUAGAAAUUUAAACAGCCUUCUUUAAAAUAAUAUAUUUGACUAUAUUGGUAGUUUGAAAAUGUUGUAAAAUGAUAAAUAAAAAUAAUAAUUGUUCU